GCCUAGAACGACUUCCCUCCCGCUGCCAGGGGCAGCCUCACCCUGGGCGCCCACACCCCAGCCCUGGGAGAGCGCUACUCUGCCUCCCGCACCACCGAAAACCUCCUCCUCCUUUUCGGGCCGCGCCCCCUUUAUACGCGGACGCGCCCUCUUUUGGUCGCCCCCUCCCCAACCCAGCACUAAGGAGCGCCCUGCUCUGGUCUCCGCCACCACCCAGCGCCUCCUGGACCCAUCCCCCCAAACCCUUGAACGUCCUCAGGACCCCCAGGAGCAGGAGACGCGGAGCUCGGAGCGCUGAGCUGACCUGCCGGAGCCGGGCGUGGGCUGCAGCCUCGGAGCUCCCGGAACGAUGGUGAAGUUGGGGAACAAUUUCGCAGAGAAGGGCACCAAGCAGCCGCUGCUGGAGGAUGGCUUCGACACCAUUCCCCUGAUGACGCCCCUCGAUGUCAAUCAGCUGCAGUUCCCGCCCCCGGAUAAGGUGGUCGUGAAAACUAAGACCGAGUAUGAACCUGACCGCAAGAAAGGGAAAGCACGUCCUCCCCAAAUUGCUGAGUUCACCGUCAGCAUCACGGAGGGUGUCACCGAGAGGUUUAAGGUCUCCGUGCUGGUCCUCUUCGCCCUGGCCUUCCUCACCUGCGUCGUCUUCCUGGUUGUCUACAAGGUGUACAAGUAUGACCGCGCCUGCCCCGAUGGGUUCGUCCUCAAGAACACCCAGUGCAUCCCAGAAGGCUUGGAGAGCUACUACGCGGAGCAAGACUCCAGUGCCCGGGAGAAAUUUUACACAGUCAUAAACCACUACAACCUGGCCAAGCAGAGCAUCACGCGCUCCGUAUCGCCCUGGAUGUCAGUUCUGUCAGAAGAGAAGCUGUCCGAGCAGGAGACUGAAGCGGCUGAGAAGUCAGCUUAGCGGGAUGGGCAAGUUCCUUACAAUGUGUCACUUGCAAAUAACAAAGGGACUUUGAGGGACAUUUCAUUAAAUAUAAUUACUGAUACUUUAGAGGUUACUCAUUUACGGUGCAAUUGCUUCUGUUUGCUAAUGCUGCUUUGCAAAUAAAACUUGCUGCCGACCACCCACGGGCAUAAAAUCAAGUGCAUUUCAGCAUUGCCUAAAGAGCUCUGACACCACUUUUCAUGUUAAGAUCUUCAUUUAGCUCCUUUACUGGGAUUUAUUGGAUGCUGUCAAAAAAUAAAUUUACACUGGAUAUGCCAAGGGUUUGGAUCUCAGAUAAAUGCAUUUUGUGGAAUUGAUUUUCUGAACCGACCCUGCUGUCUGCAAACCUUCCUCCAUAGCCAUAUCUAGAGUGAUCUCUCGCUGUGCUAAGAGCAAGCCUACUUCGCAUUUCUUCCUCGGCCAUCAGCGGGUAACACUGCUGACUGCUGCCAAGGUGCACUGUAGUAAGUAAGUGGCAUAGAGAAUGAGGAAAAAGACCCACCCGCCCCUCCCUGUGCUGACUCCUGAGUCGGGGUGGGACGGCCCUGCAAUGUGGCAGGCUCGGUGUGGAUUGACUACUCCCUCCCCUCUGACUCUGGCGUCUUGGUAAGGAGGGAGGGGCACCACCCAUCUGGGUGGAGACAGCUGGGGUUCGCUCCAGUGUGUGUAGACUGGCAGAGCAUGUGAGGGAGAGGGCUGGGAAGAGACGGCCCUGGGCCCGUGAGGUGCAGAACUCUCCCUGCAGGUAGUCUGUCUGCUCUGUGAUGUGCUGAUAGGAAAGAGCCCCCACUGGCCCUCUGGUUCACUUCUAUUAUGAAUAAAUUUGCACCAAUAGCCCCAUUAGUUUUUAAAGAAAUGAGCUGGGUGGGAAAAGUGGAAAUGUAAUUUCUGGUAAGCUUGAGCUACUUUAAUUUUUAUUCUAUGAAACUGAUAUCCCUUGAUGUGGGAAACAGGCAGGAAAGGCUGUGGGGUGGGGGUGGGGGACUGGUGUGGCACCGUGCAAACAAAAUGACAAAUUUCAACUCACGAUCUUUGUAAGAAAAUUGUUCCAGUUUGAAUCUUGAUAUUAAAGUUUAUGUUUACAAAAUUGCCAGUUAGAUGAACUAAGUGUGUAAAACAAAUAGAAAAGACAUUCGCAGACAUUUCUUCUAUGUUAUUGAAUGUGUUGUUUCUGGUAUACAUGUCAAAAGUUUCAGUUUUUUAGAUCAGAAAUAAACAACAAAUAGUGUGAGAUGUGUUGUGAACAGGCAUGGUGACCGUGGUCAGCGCCACUCUUGUUUCCUGAAAUGUGCUUCUAAGACAGAAAAUGUAUUUUCUCAUCAAGGGUGUCUGGAGACACAGACCGUGACCUUGGCGCAGCGGUGUGCAUCAGAGGCGUGUGCUGAGAAGGGUGGUGUUAAGCUGUGGAAAAUGACUCAAGAGCAAUAAAUCAGUGCCAAAGCUUCCCUGCGCAUCUGAAUAGACACAAGUGAAGCCCGUGUGCGCACAGUGCAGAGGCCGAGCCUGUAUUUCCAGGUAGACGUGGACUUUAUUGACUGUGAAUUCAUUUACAUGUAACUUCUGACAUUUCACUCUGUGCAAAUAAAGAACAUGAGGAUA